GAUCAAAAAUAGUUCUUCCUUCGUUACGGCCGCCAUAUUGGUUACCUAUUAAAUUGUAGAGGAAGAGCUACAAAAUCCUUAAACAUCUGUUAAUAAUUUGAGUCACGGGGUCUUUUUGUGCAUUAAUUUUGUGGGUGCGGGUUUAUUGGAAUGGCUGACACGGAUAAAUUAAAUAUAGACAGUAUUAUAGCAAGACUUCUUGAAGUCAGAGGCUCCAGACCAGGAAAGAAUGUUCAGCUGACAGAAUCUGAAAUCAGGGGGCUCUGUUUAAAGUCUCGAGAAAUCUUCCUUAGCCAGCCCAUUUUAUUAGAGCUGGAAGCUCCAUUAAAAAUAUGUGGUGACAUCCAUGGUCAGUAUUACGACCUGUUACGCUUGUUUGAGUAUGGCGGUUUUCCACCAGAGUCAAACUAUUUGUUUCUUGGUGACUAUGUGGACAGAGGCAAACAGUCUUUGGAAACCAUUUGCCUUCUCUUAGCAUACAAGAUCAAAUAUCCUGAAAACUUUUUCCUCCUACGAGGCAAUCAUGAAUGUGCCAGUAUCAAUAGGAUAUAUGGGUUCUAUGAUGAAUGCAAGCGACGAUACAAUAUAAAAUUAUGGAAAACAUUUACAGACUGUUUUAAUUGCCUGCCAAUCGCUGCCAUUAUUGAUGAAAAAAUUUUCUGCUGUCAUGGAGGCUUGAGUCCAGACUUGCAGUCCAUGGAGCAGAUAAGGCGGAUUAUGAGACCUACUGAUGUGCCAGAUCAAGGUCUGCUCUGUGACUUGUUGUGGUCUGAUCCUGACAAAGAAACUAUGGGAUGGGGUGAAAAUGACAGGGGUGUUUCUUUCACUUUCGGAGCUGAAGUGGUGGCAAAGUUCUUACAUAAGCAUGACUUGGAUCUCAUAUGUCGUGCUCAUCAGGUGGUAGAGGAUGGUUAUGAAUUUUUUGCAAAACGACAGUUGGUAACAUUAUUUUCUGCACCUAACUACUGUGGAGAGUUUGACAAUGCUGGGGCCAUGAUGAGUGUUGAUGAAACACUGAUGUGUUCUUUCCAGAUAUUGAAGCCUGCUGACAAAAAAAAGUUCCCUUAUGGGGGUUUGAAUGCAGGUCGACCUGUAACACCUCCAAGGGGUAAUCAGAAAGCCAAAGGCAAGAUGUAACAAUUUAAAUGAACAAAUGUUCUUGACAUUUUCCACCCACAGACCCACUUGAAAUUGUAUAUUUAACAGGACAUUCACAAUAAGCUAUUCCCUCGUGACUAGUUGUAUAGAGAAAACAAAACGUUAACAUAAGUGUUGUUUGCUUGCUGCCCCAGCAUGGAAAUUUUUAAUUUUCAUUUGGCAGUAACAAAACAGCUUAAAAGUUUCAAUUAUUACAUCAAAUGCUGUUUAACUAAAGGGAAAAUUGACAUCAUAUUUAAACAAGUUUCAAAUGCUUUAACAAUAUUAAGUUCAACAUUUCAUGUUAGGAAAUGCUCACCUUCAUGACUGUGUCACCAAUAUGGCGGCCUCAUUUGUCUCAACAAUGGUAGCACUUGCUCUUAACAAUCAGUGUUUUUUUUUUCCUCUUUAUUAUUUAGGCUUGUCUGGUCAGAAUUUGACUGGAUGUGAAUAAGGGGCUAAUGCUCUGUUGUUGAUAGUCCACACUGACACAGUCAUGAUUGUUUAUUUGACCAUAUCCUGACUUGCAUUUUAUGUUUCAAGAAGUUUGGUUUUUUUCCAUGUUCUCAUUGUAAUAUAUUCUUGUAUAUAUGUUAACUAAAUUGUUGAAACUUUUUUAUAACAAUGAUUUCACUUUAGGUUUUCUUUUCUCACUUUGUAAGAGAGAUUAGUGUACAUUGUUAAACUGCUAUAUUAUUAAGUACAUGAUCAUGAAUUAUUUUAUUCAUUUACAUAAAAUGGUAAUUCUUUUCUCUUUAAUUCUGAGAUACUUUUACUUAUAAACAAUAUUGUAAUAGUAUUCCCUUUUUCAAACAUUCACUUAACUUUCUCUUUGAAAUGUUAAUGGAUUUGAAUUUGAAAUAAAUGUUAUGCUCAGAGAUCAGCUCAUUAGUUUUAUUUAUAACCAGUUGUAAGAAAUCUGCAAUAGGUUGCCGAGAUGCAGCUAUGUUUAGUAAAGAGUGUAUAUUGUGAAACUGUUCAAAUGUACAGACCAAGUAUACUAGUGAUACAUUAUUUUUUUCUGUGCUAUUAAAUAGCUAUCUUUAUAAUAAGUAAGGAUAAAAAUAGUGGGCCCUUCAGGCAAUAAGUCUAGUUCAUUAUUUUGUUUGCUAUAAGCCUGAGUGUUUCAUUGCUUUGAAAAUACUUAGCUUUUGUAUGUCAUGUGCUGCACGUAUCUUGUAUUAUAAGAAAAUUAAGGAAUUAAAGUAAACAAUUUAGUAACUGUGACCAUGUGGUUUUUUGUUUCUCUUAAGUUUUUUGUACCAGAUUUUUGUGUAUUGGUGUCCAGUCACUUAAAAUGCACUAGGUAAAUACAACCAUUAUUUGUGUAUGUAAAUGUGUCUAGGUGGCCCCAUCUUUCUUUGUAAGAAAAGAUUCUUCUGCAUCAGCUUUAAAGAUUACAUUCUAAACUAGUUAUUAAUAGCUUUGGUGUAUCCAUAGCUGGUCACAAACUUAGUGAAGACAUCUAGUCUUUUAUUUUGUCCAUUUAUAUAUACACUGUACAGAGUUGUCUGCCAAUGAAAUAAUGAAUCAUUUAAUUUUUGUCAUUUCAGUGUUAAUUAAUUGAAUUAAUGUAGAGAGUAAAUUGGUCUUUUUGAAUGCUUCAUCAUUUUGUUUAGGCAUCAGCAAUCAAACAGUGUUAGCUUCAUUCCAAAUUCAAUGCCAUUUCUCUCAGUAUUUAUGUAUAUAUAUGGUUUAUGUAGAUUUAUUCAACUUAAUAUUCAAGUGUGAAUUAGUUGCUCUAAUAACAAUAAUAUAAAGGCAUUGGUCCAAUCUUUUGUUGAUCUCAAAUUUAGUAAGAGACACAAAACAUUGUAACACAUUUCUGGUUGGCUAAUAAACUUAGACAGGUGUUGAUCUUUAUAUCAAGUAGUUUGUUGCUAUGUUCAGUAAGAAUUGUCAGAAUUUCAUGAUUUUAAAAAAACAAUCAAUUGAUUUCAUGUUUUUCUUUCCCAUCAGAAUGAGGAGAAUAACUGGAGUGUGUAGGCAGACUGCAAUGUUUAGUAAUUCUCCAUGUUUAAUGAAGUAUUUCUUGUGUCCCUGCUCAAGUGUUUCUCUUAGACCAGCAGAUCUCUGAUCUACAACUGGAGUAUGUCUACUUAACUUCCUGAUAAUCAUACGACUGGUAUCUCUUUUUGUUCAGUUGAAAGUUUUCAUUUAUGUUAUUACUUUUUCCAAUGGGCCAAGGCUUCUAAAAUUAUAGGUAAUAAAUUAUAUCCAAAACAAUAAACUGGAACUAGAUAUAAAGUUGCAUACAAGCAGGGGUUGAGACUGAAAAUGGUCCAUUUAUUUGUUACUAUUAUUACAAAUAUGCAAUCCAUAUUUAUUUUUGGCUUGUGCCAGGAAUACAAGUGACACUGUGACAGUACAAAUGUAAUAUCAAUAAAACUACCCGUCAAUACAAUGUCA